UGGCAGGUCCAAACACAAAGCUGUCUGAUGAGGAAUUUUGUCUACAAAUAUGUCAUCUUCGAUUCUUGUCGUUGCAGUCUAACAAAAUGUACACACACAAAAGGAAAUCAGAAUGGAAUUUGCAUGCUUCUAAUCUAAUUUUGUUUUAAUCCAAUAAAUGCUCCGAGACCGACUUCCCAAGCCCGGUGGAAUUAUCGAUCCAAGCCAGAACUGAACCCAGAAUUGCAGUGAAGUAAACCCGAGUUUGAAGAUUAUUUACGCGGCAACAUUUUUUUUGGUUGAUCAAGAAACAACCGGCCACGUGGCAAUAACUUGGCCACUCUCCAAGUACCACCCCAAGAUCCUGACCGUAGAAAACGGAACCUGAGGCGUAGAGUUCAAGAGUUAAUAUAUUCCAACGGUCGAAUUGGAUUGACUGCAUUUUAAUAAGAUACACCUGAAAAGAGAGAUGGAAGAAGCAGAAAUCCCAGAAACCCUAAUCGCGGAGGAGGAAGAAGCAGAAGAAGGACGAUUCUUCGCAUGCUAUCUGUUGAGCUCUCGCAGCCCCCGCUACAAGGGCCACACCUAUAUUGGAUUCACAGUGAACCCACGGCGUCGUAUAAGACAGCACAAUGGUGAAAUAGCGCAAGGUGCUUGGAGAACGAAGCGGCAGCGUCCAUGGGAGAUGGUGUUAUGCAUCUAUGGUUUCCCAACUAACGUUUCUGCUCUCCAGUUUGAAUGGGCCUGGCAGCACCCAACUGUAUCGAAGGCGGUUAGGCAGGCUGCUGCAAGCUUUAAAUCACUGCGAGGGCUUGUCAGUAAGAUCAAACUUGCAUACACCAUGCUCACUCUCCCUCCUUGGCAGAGCUUGAACAUCACUGUAAACUUCUUUUCAACACAGUACACUAAACAUUCUGCUGGUUGCCCACACCUUCCGGAACAGAUGAAGGUCAAAGUCUGCUCCAUGGAUGAGCUUCCUUCCUGUACUAAACUAUCUGAUGACCUUUUGGAAAAUGAAGAUGAGCGGUGUCAUGAAGGGGAAUGUGAUGAAGAUAUGAAUUCCAGUACACUACCCAAAGAAACCUUAUUGGACUUCAGGACUCAUAAUUCAGCAGAUGAUCAGCAGAGUGAUAGUGGCAAUAGAAUGAAUGAAGUAUAUGGAUGCAGUAAAGAAGUAGGAGAAGAUGAGUGGUAUAAUGGAAAAGAAAGUGAUGAAGCUAUGAAUGAUGGUACAUUACAGGAAGAGACAUUUUCAGAUCUUAUAGUUCAAAGUUCAGCAGAUGAUCAGCAGGAUGAUACUGGCAAGAUAAUUAACGAAGCAUAUGGAUGCAGUGAAGUAGUAGGAGAGGAUUGUACAGAGCAAUUUGGUUUUAUGGCGUCGCCAGUGAGAACGCCAUCUUCAAAUGUCACCACCUCAUUUGACACAGAAGUAACUAAAGAUAUAGGUUUGUGUGGAUCUUCUGAUGACAUGAGUGUUGAUUUGGGCCUACCUGCAAGGGAACAAUCGACAGCUAUAGUUGCAGACGAUGAUCAGUCUCCCAGCAGAAGCUAUCUCCGGCCUUGUGGAGCUGAGGUAAUAGAUUUGACAACCCCAGCUCCCCUAUGACAUGACUGGUUCUCCCAAUUUCAUCCAACUGUAGAAUAGAAUGUUGUACAUGUGUACUACAAACAAUCAAACAAGUGUACAUAUAUGUUUGAUGAUUUUAUGGUUUGGUCGAAUAAUUUAGAGGAAUUUAUUGUCAUCUCUGCCUGAUGGCACGUUGUAA